CUAAUUAUUUACUUCAAUCACAACCUUCAUACUUAACAUGAGUAUACAUAAUCGUAGAUACAUAACACAAAGUAUACAUAUACCAAUAGAUCUUAUUCUUUUAAAUAGAAUUGAAAUUUAACCGUGGCCGAAAAAGGAAAGAUGGCAAUUAAUUUUCUCUAUGGGUUGAACCCGAAAUCCGAAUAACCGAUCCAUUAAACAGCUUUUCGCAGAGUCGUGCCUUCUCCUCGAAGGCUUAGCUGGGGGAAUCCUACGACACGCUAAAAUCGGCAAAUAUAUUCGUAACGCCUCUCUAAAUUCUCCCCCUCUUUCUUCUUUCUCUCUCCCACAAAAAGGAAGAAGAAGAAGGAUACAACAAAGUUAAUUGAGUACAAUUAUUAGCAAUUUGUAUUAUCAUUUUUUUUUCAUGUAAAAAUAUAAAUAUACAUAAAAACUACAUAUUAUUUUCUCCAGCUCAGAGGAUAUAUAAACCAUUACUCUUUCAUCGAAUUUUUACUUGUGAGCCAUGUCUUACGCCUAUCUAUUCAAGUAUAUCAUCAUCGGCGAUACCGGAGUUGGGAAAUCAUGUCUUCUUUUGCAAUUCACGGACAAACGAUUUCAACCGGUGCAUGACUUGACCAUUGGGGUUGAAUUUGGUGCUAGAAUGAUCACAAUAGACAACAAGCCCAUAAAACUGCAGAUAUGGGACACAGCUGGUCAAGAAUCGUUCAGAUCUAUAACGAGGUCAUACUACCGAGGUGCUGCUGGGGCUCUACUUGUUUAUGAUAUUACAAGGAGGGAAACAUUUAACCACCUUGCUAGUUGGUUGGAAGAUGCAAGACAGCAUGCAAAUGCAAACAUGACCAUAAUGCUGAUUGGAAACAAGUGUGAUCUGGCUCAUAGAAGGGCUGUAAGCACCGAAGAAGGCGAGCAAUUUGCCAAGGAAAAUGGGUUGAUAUUUAUGGAGGCCUCUGCCAAAACAGCUCAGAAUGUUGAAGAGGCUUUUAUCAGAACAGCCUCAACAAUCUAUAAGAAAAUACAGGAUGGAGUGUUUGAUGUAUCGAAUGAGUCUUAUGGAAUAAAAGUUGGAUACGGAGGCAUUCCGGGGCCUUCAGGUGGAAGAGAUGGAGCUGCUUCUCAAGGAGGGGGUUGUUGUUCUUAAAAGUGGACAUUUAUUGCUCUAUCUAUUAUCUUAUCUAUCAUGUUCUUGUGGUUGUUUAAGCCUUGUUUAUUUGUAGUUUUGGAUACUUAAUAUCGAGUGUUCUCUUUAGUUUGCUUGUUCAAUGUUGAUGGAUGUAUGUGCAAAAAUAAGUAAAGUGCGUACAUAAAGACAUGAUUUUUAUUUUUU